GGUUUUGUUACUAGAGGCCCGCGGAUUUGCAACGAGAACAGUUUAUUUCAUGCGUACUACGAAACGAAUCGUGAAAUCGGUCAAAUACAUGCGAAAAAACAGGUGUCAUUCGUUAAUUCAUUUAUAAAACGCUUAUACUUUCAUCCAAUCGACAUCCAAGCAUUACUUGGACAAAUCUUUCUUUAUUUUACCUCAAAGAAUUCUUUUUUUGUACUAUUGGUUCCAAUAUGAUUUGACUUGUUCCGAUUUUUGUGAUUAUGAUCUUAUUCGAUUCGAUUUGUAGUAAUUCGUGAAUUUCCAUUGUGCAAUUAAUGGAUUUCGAAGAAUUGGAAAACACCUGCAAAAUUUUCUUCGAAUUUAUCGUGUUCUUAAUCAAUCGGAUAAGGAAAUCUUAUUUGGUCGUAUAUUCAAAGCUCUUUUGAAAUUCGAGUUUAAAAAUAUCAAAAUAAAAAACUGAUGUGAAGAAAGUGCAUUGCAAAGAAUCGAACAGAAUUUAUUUUUUAAUAUUCCAAAUGCCAUCAACUCAACAUCACCUUCAAAAGAAAUUAGGAUGCAAAGAAGAAAGUUGAUGAAGACUGAAGAUCAAUCUCUAUAUAAUUAAAAUUUUUAGACAAAUUCAUGAAAGUGAAUUGAAAUGAAAAUAUCUUCGGAUAAAGAACAAAUAUCGCCCAUCAUGUAUCAAGGACUAGAAGAUAAUUGCAAGAAGAAUAAUUUGAAGAAUCGUAGAUUAACAGAAACAGAUGAUUUUUUAAUGGCUGAUGGAAGCUAUCGUAGUACCGAGACAGAAUAUGUGCCUCGUAUCUCAUGGUCGAACCUGAUAGGAUUACUUUUUGUACACAUAGGUGGUCUGUACGGAUUUUACCUCAUCUUUGUUGAAGCCAAACUCUCUACCACGUUAUGGAUGUUUAUUACUAUUUAUACUACCGGAUUCGGCAUAACUGCAGGAGUACAUCGAUUGUGGUCUCAUAGGGCAUACAAAGCAAAAUGGCCACUUCGAUUACUUCUAAUAUUCCUCUUUACCAUAACCGGACAAAAAGAUGUAUACAGAUGGGCAUUGGAUCAUAGAGUGCAUCAUAAGUAUAGUGAAACUGACGCAGAUCCUCAUAAUGUUAAAAGAGGUUUUUUCUUCGCACACGUAGGAUGGCUUUUUAUAACUCCGCAUCCCGAUGUUGUUUCGAAACGAAAGACAGUGGACAUGAGUGAUUUGGAGGCCGAUCGACUUGUCAUGUGGCAGAAAAGAUAUUACAUUCUUUUGUUCCCUCUUUUAACUAUUGGACUUCCAGUUGUCGUACCUUGGUAUUUUUGGUCAGAAUCCAUUUGGACAUCUUUCUGGGUGAAUUUUAAUUGUCGUUUCUGUAUUACUCUCAACAUAGCCUUUUUUGUAAACAGCGUGGCUCACAUAUGGGGUCAACGACCUUAUGACAAAUACAUAUCCUCAGUGGAGAAUACAAUGCUCUCCAUUGCAGCCCUAGGUGAGGGUUGGCAUAAUUUCCAUCAUGUUUUUCCUUGGGAUUACAAGACUGGAGAAUUGGGUAAUUACACAUUCAACUUGACCACAGGCUUCAUCGAUACUUUCGCACGCUUCGGUUGGGCUUAUGAUCGAAAAUAUGUAUCUCCGGCAAUGGUUCGUCGAAGAGCGAAAAGAUCUGGUGAUGGCAGCCAUAUUUGGGGUUAUGGGGACGCAGAUAUUCCAGCUGAAGAUCUCCAAGAAUUGAAACUGAUGGACAAAAUCAAACAGUGAUUAUAUUUUUUUAAUGCUGAAAUAAAAAAUUAAUGUAGUAUUCUUUUGAUUUUCGUGAAAAGUGUUACGAAAUAUAUAUAUAUUAAAUGAA